CCAUUUGGCAACGCUGACCCGGAAGUACUUCGCUGACCUUUUCGCCGCUGCUUCUUGAAAGCGUGAUUAGACGUCUUCUGCUCUUACAAAAACAACAUUUUUGUAAGUAAUAAUCGGACUGUCGCCAGGGGAGGAGUGCCGAUAUGAGUACCAUGUUUCCAGACACAAUCCUCAUCGUCUUCAUCUCCGUGUGCACCGCCCUGUUAGCCGAAGGAAUCACCUGGGUGCUGGUGUAUCGCACUGAGAAGUACAAGAGGCUGAAGGCUGAGGUGGAAAAGCAGAGCAAGAAACUGGAGAAGAAAAAGGAAACCAUUACAGAAUCUGCAGGCCGCCAACAAAAGAAGAAAAUAGAGAGACAAGAAGAGAAGCUGAAGAACAACAACAGAGACUUGUCUAUGGUGCGAAUGAAGUCCAUGUUUGCUAUCGGCUUCUGCUUCACGGCUUUGAUGGGCAUGUUCAACUCCAUUUUUGACGGGCGAGUGGUGGCCAAGCUGCCGUUUGUUCCGCUGUCUUACAUUCAGGGUCUGUCACAUCGCAACCUGCUGGGCGAGGAUUACACCGACUGUUCCUUUAUCUUCCUCUACAUCCUCUGCACCAUGUCCAUCAGACAGAACAUCCAGAAGAUGUUGGGCCUCGCCCCCUCCAGAGCGGCGACCAAACAGGCGGGGGGCUUCUUGGGACCACCUCCCCAGGCCGCCAAGUUUUCCUAAUCCACUUCAGGAGGGACUUCAUUGAACCGCAAAUGUUUUUCCCCAUUUCGACCAAGAAUUGACACAACGAUACUUUUGUCAGUAUUCACUGUCACGUCUGUAGAAAUAAAGUUUUAUUGAUACAUUUUAAA